GAGGAGAAAGAGAAAUUCAGAAAUUGAAUUUAAAUCUAUAGAAGAUAAACAUCAUUAUCUAGAUCAACCAGUGAUUCCACCAUCACCAUCACCGACACCACAACAAAAUUCGAUUGUACCAACAAAUGGUAUUUAUGCUUCUGCAUUGUAUGAUUUCGAGGGUAAAGAAGAAAAUGAAUUAAAUUUUAGAAAAGGAGAUUUAAUUGAAGUGAUUGAGAAAGGAGAUGGACCUAAUAGUUGGUGGAAAGGUAAUUACGUCGUGAUCAAAUAG